AGUACGCGAUUAUGAGGUCCCAUGCAGUCUCCUCUAUAUAAAGCCCUAAAACCCAGCUCCUCAGCGUAGUCCCAGUUGCACCAAAAAUUGAGGGACACCCAGCACGCUGGCCCGCGCCUUCCCCACUCUGCGGCGUUAAGCGGCCCCUACUUCCCAAGGUCAAGCCCUAACCUCGGCCCGAAGAAGAGACUGAAGACGAACCAUGACCAUCUUUCUGUUCCUAGUGAUCGGCCUCGUGUUUGCCUGCGUAUUUGCCUUCUGGAAAAACCGAUUUGAGGCAGAGAAAAACAUCGGUGAAAUGUCAUCAAAUUCAACUGCUCUUGCUCCAAUAAGAACAACUACUUGGUCAACUACUGCUUUUGCUCCAGAAAGCAAAACUUCUCCUACUUGGUUACCUAGGGGCACUACUGAUAGGCUCUCAGUCAACAGUCUUUCUCAGGAUAUCUUAAAUAACUGCCCUUACUCAAUAUCCACGCAGAAGCGAAUAUUGGUAAACCUCAGGAUUGUGGAAUACAAGCUGGUUGAAUUGGAACAUUUCCUAAUCAUCAAAGGCCUCGAUGGUUCAUUAGGUAAUAGGAAAUUCACCACAUAGGUUGCAAGAUGUGAUGCUGAUACAGGCAAUCAUUAAAAGCAAUUGAGUUGA